GUCCUGUGGAAAGAACAUAGAAUAUGCGCAGUGUCUGUAGCAAACUGAACCUCGUGAACAAGCGGAAUGUUUUGAAGGGGAAGGGGUUGGAAUUUUCCACAGCGACACUCGAUGACGUAGGCUCUUGGCAUUUUGUGUGGCUAGCAGCAGAUUUAUUUCAGCAGUUGAUACUAAACUAGCUAGUUUAAAACCCGACGUUUUCAUCUAAGUUUAAUAUUUUGCAAGGUUUCUCUCCGAAUAUUAUAUUGAAACAUUUACAUUUAAUCUCGAAAUUUAUUGAAUUUCAUUACAUUAUCUAGUUUACUAGCAGAAUCGGAUUCCUAGCGCCGCGGCCGAGUCGACUGACGUACGUUAGCUAGCAUUAUACAGUAAGUAAUGCGGUUAAGCUACAAUUAGACUAUACAAUACUGUAAAGACCAUAUUCAGUAAUUGUCAUCAUAGGAAGUUUACAACAACGUCUAGUUAACUACUAGCUAGCUAAUUCUUGUUCGAAGCACUGCUAGUUUAGUAGCAAGACACAGUGGUAGCUAUAGCUAACGUUAGUGCUUCCUAUCUGGAAUUUUCCACCGUGACGGACUAGCUAGGCCUACUCGCAACAGUUGUCAGUAUAGUUACGCAAUUUUUGUACGAGGUGUAUCAAGUCAUAAUUAUACCAUUUCAGGCUGACCCUAUUUAAAAACAUUGAGACAAGUUACACAAGACGCAUGUUUAUCGUAACUAGAUAUCUAACAAUUUUACACCAUUUUGUUUCUGUUUAAUAGGCCAACUCCUUCCAAAAUAGGUAGUUAUUUACUUUUAUUGUAUGUUUUUAUUAUAGAUGCACACCAAGAAGACCGAAGGGAAGGAUUCACAUGCUGAAAUGGCCCAGGCCCCUCUGAAUGAAGGGAUAAGCUUGAUCUUUGACCAGGAUGCCCAAUCCAGCUCUCCCUCUUCCCCUCCCCGUUCUCGUUACCCCUCUAGAAGUAGUCAUAACAGUAGCCAUUCCUCUGGCUCUAGACGACAAGUUAAACGAAAUGAUGCUUGUAGGGGACGUCACAGGUCCAGAUCAUCCCACUCCUCCAACGGCAGCCCUCGGACCCGUCCCAGGUCCCGAUCACACCCGCGCUGCCACAGAGCCUCCUCCAGCUCACGUUGCUGCCGUCAACACCGACAGGCCCACGGACAUAGGCGCCACUGCUCACCACCACGCUGUUACAGGGCCCACUCUCGCUCCUACAGCCCCUCUUCUUCCCCAGACAGGUCACACCGUCUGAGCCACAGGUCCCGCUCCAGGUCAGCCAGCCGGAGGAGGGUUUCUGUGGGCAGGUACAAGUGCAGGUUUUCUGGAUCACCCUACAGAAGCCACAAGACCUACACGAGCCGCUCCAGAUCCAGAUCUUCAGGACGCUCAGUUGUCAGCCUCAGCAUAGAGGGUAAGGCUUAUAUUUAUAUCUAUACUUUUCAUUUUGCUAGGAGUUAAUGGAUUUAAAAGCAUUAGACCUCUUUGUGUUAAUGUAAAUAUGUCCUGUAUUCUUUCCUCAGAAAAGGGGGAACUCCUCAGGACUGCGAAAGCCAAUGCCACCCAGGCACUGGGGGUGGAGCAGCUGGACCUUUCUGAGAGUGUGAAGCCCGUCCUGGAGGAGCAGCAAGUGAAAACCAGACCAGCCACACCAAAACCAGAGGAACGGGUGAGACCAGAGCCACUCCCUCAAAAGAGUCUAUCACAGGUGGGUGUUCAGGGAGAUUUGAUCAUGUUGAACAUACCGUCUGUGAACAUGACACACACAGAAGAAGCCUAGCAAUUGAAAUUGCUCAUAGUUCAGCUGUUGACAUUAUAACCGCACUACCUAGGCCAUUUUAAACCACAGUUUGGAGGUCUUUCCCUCCCAUUUAGUCUGAACUUCAGGUCUUCUGAUUCUGUCUUCUGUGAAACUGCUUGUCUGUUAACCUUGCACCCGUCAGAGAACACACAUGCUCUGUUUGUUUGUAUUUAUUCCUGUUUUUGUAGAUCACAUGACAGUGGUCUUCACUCCAUGGCCCCUUGGAUUAGGAGAAUAAGAGGGCAGUCAUGUGACUUGGGUGAUGUCAUUGCGUUUGCGUGAAAAGGUUCUGAUGAAUCUUGUCAUGCUCACAAUGCCAAUACAAGUCCAGUAGCAGGGAUGGAUUGUUUUGUCCAGCAAUGGUACACUUAAAUUAUCUCACUGACUUCAUGGCUUACCAAUUCAGUUUGUAAUGUCCCAAUUCAUCACCUAUGCUACUUUCUCUCACGUAGAUGGAUAGAUACAAUUCACAAUUAAAACAUACUGUUAUACUGACAAUACUCCACGUUGAUACAAAUACAUUUUUAGAACUCUGAAUAUGUGUGUUUGCUUACAGUUGAAAUGAGAACAUUGUUAUUUAGCAGAGUCUCCCUCCCACUCUCUGAAGAAGCACAGGCGUUUGGACUGCGUUAUAGUGACUAUUCCUGACGAGAACUUUAAACAGAUGGCCACCUCCCUCCGUCCGUAUGCCAAAGAUAAGUUGGUGGUAUACAAGUGGUGUUCUGGAUGGGGUUUGGAAAACUGCAUCAUCAUCAUGCCACUCAGACAAGGGAUUUUUCUUCCUAUAGUUUUUUGUUUAUGCUUAAAGCUACCCUUGUGAAAAUCAUGUAAUGAACAUAUGCAUAGCUUUGACAUCAAUGAGGGGUGCAUGGGAACUGCAGUUUGUUGAAGCUAUAGACCAAGUGCGCAGUUGCUCAUCUGGGAGACUGUAUUGAUUGUUGUGUGUUGACAGUGAGACCAAAAAACAGCUGAUCUGAUUUUUACUAAACCUAAAAUAAUAUUUGUUUACUCUUUGCAGCAGAGCAGUGACAUAGAGCCUGAGGAGGAUGCACCAACCCCUAAUAUGUCUCCCAAGAAAAAGAUGAUCUCAUUCAGUAUUCAUGUAAGUGAUGCAAGUAUUUAGUUUAGCAGAAAACAUGUAUUUAAAAACGCCUCGAAUUUUCCUUGACGUAUUGGGCACCACACUUAAAUUGUAUUGGAUUCUAAUGUGAUUCUCUUUAUUUUGUUCACACAGAAUUCAGUGGCCAAGCCCACAGCCAUUGUUGCUUCCACCACAUCAAAGGUAACACCCAGAGUGGAGAACUACACAACGAGCAGGAACCUGUUUGGUCACUGGGUCCCAGUCAGAAAAACGGUCCAAUCCUCCUUUUCUCGCACUUCGUGCAAACAUUAACUCUCCACAUCUCGCUAAUGUGUCAGAGUGCAUGGACAAUGUAAAUACUGUAUAUAAUUUGUACAGGGGGGUUUGGGCGAUCUGAUUUUAUGGUAGAUUAUUUAUUUCAGAUUUAAAGUGAAUUAAGUGGUUAGAACAGAAUAUUUCAGGUGGGGUUACUUUUUUUGUGGUGUCUAAUGCUGAUUAGGGAGUCAAUAAAGACACUUACUUGAAAUUAAA